UUGCUUUUAUAUUCUGUAGGUGAACAGGCUGGCCGCGUUUCACCCGAAGAAGUUCAGCAAGUGGAAGAAAAGGAAUCUACUUCUGACAAGGAAACUCCAGCUGUGGCUGACAACCGCUCACCGCCCGCAGUAUCAGUCGUGAAUGGUAGCGUGGUUCGACUGCGUGAACACAAGCCCAUCAAUGGGCUCAGUCCUGUGCCCAGGAAUGACAAGGCUUCGUCAUCGGGCCUGCUGGCGGAUGCUGCCAAAGCCAACAAUGAUGCCCUCUUGGGUUCAAAGCCUAGUUCCGCUGCUCUCAAGCGCUCUAGCAUGUUUGUUCGUCCUACCGCCGUAGAUGGCACACCAUUCGAUAAACGAAGGUCUCUCCUACUGGAACCGGUGUUCGUGGAGCCGGACGCCAGUAAAGAGGUCUGUGACAUCGAGGUCAAAAUUGCUGAUCUUGGCAAUGCCUGCUGGACUUACCGGAAGUUCACAGAGGACAUCCAAACCAGGCAGUAUAGGGCAUUGGAAGUUCUUAUCGGCGCUGGCUACAGUACUCCUGCGGACAUUUGGAGUACCGCAUGCACGGCUUUUGAACUGGCCACCGGCGACUACCUCUUUGAUCCACACACCGGUGAAAACUACUCCCGGGAUGAGGAUCAUCUUGCACAUAUCAUUGAAUUACUUGGUCCAAUUCCGCGUUCUAUCGUAUCUUCUGGCAAAUAUUCCCGCGAAUUUUUCGAUAAAAAGGCUUGCCUGCGACACAUCCGCGAACUUAAACCUUGGGAUCUCCUAAGCGUGCUUGUCCAGAAGUAUGACUGGCCCUUGCACGAAGCGAAACUGUUUACCAGCUUCCUUGAACCGAUGCUUGCAUACGAUCCGAAUGAGAGGGCCACUGCCCGGGAGUGCCUCGAACAUCCAUGGAUAACUGGCGCUCCGGCUGAAUACCUUGAUGGUCCAAUUUUUCGGCACAUUGCACAUCAGCUCCCCCCGACCGACACCCGGCUUCUCAAACCUUAUGGAAAAAACCGUCACAGUUCUGUCACCAGUCAUCCCCUGGUCGAUCCUCUGACCGGCGCUCCGAUCGCAGCCGAUCCCGAUCUCUUCUAUAACCAGCGGCCUAUGCACGCUUCAGAAGUGUGUUAUCCACCGGGUUCUGAUAUUCCCAUGCAGGCGGCCACUUCAUGUUGUGCGGUUAAGCCCGGUGUUGGACCUCAUUCCAACGCGCCCUUCUAUCCUCUAUACGGGGCUCCCGAAUCGGGCUAUGUCAUAGACAAUGGCCAAUAUUUUGAGGGCAGUCGCAACGCGUCGUCGGGCAAUGACAGCAGUUCCUCCAGCAACCAGUACGAUGAUGACGAGAGUGAGGAUGACGAGGAGUCGUCUGAAAUCUUCCCGCGCGGAGUGGUUCGGCCUGCGGAGUAUGAUUUUUCUCAUCGAAGCUUCGGCACCAACUCCUACGACAUGUCUCCUCCGCUUCCACCGGUAGAUCCGUUUGAUAUGCCCCUCACCGCGGACAUGUCGCCAAGGCGGAAGAACAUCCUGGCCUAUGCUAUGCAGGCGCUGGGCCCUGAAACCGUCUGGGCAGGUCUCUUAGCCAGCAAAAAACGCCAGCAACAACAAGUGGCUGAUAGUGCAACGACAGUAGAUCAAACGGAGACCAAAUCGGGGGUUGUGACCAGUUCCGCGAAUGGUGACCAUUCUACUGCUCCCUCCACCGCCGGCUGUUGUAAGAAUUCUGCCGACACGCCGCAGGUGCAUGACGAAGAAGUUACUUCCGAUAACAACUGUGCCAAAAAAUCGGUUAACAAGGAAAACCAGUCGCAUCCCCCCAGUGGUGUGGACAGCAAUAACAACAGCGAUCAGUCCAUAUCUGAACUGUCGGCCAACCACGUAACCAUGAUGCCAACACCAGCUGCCAGCGUUGAUGCUCUUAUUUAG